UUUUAUGAAUAGAAAAACAUUGUUGAGAGUGAAUAAGAAGGUGGCUGGCCUAGUUCUCUUGUAAAGAUUAGUGAUUCGUCUAUAAUUCGUCGUCUUGUGUAGAAAUGUCAGAGGCCGUUAGACUAUGCUCAAAGGUCUCAUCUUUCUCUCAUUCCCACGCCAAUGAUGCCCCUUCCUUCUCCAAUAAUAAUAAAUAGGCUACCUAAGGAACAUAUUGGUGAUGCGGACACAUGCACUGCUUUUGAGUGUUUUCUUUGGCUCUACUGCAUUUUGAGCAGCAUCGGGAGAGAAUCUCUCAAAGGACCACGAGCCUGAAAUGGAUAACGAUUAUGAAACUAUUUCAUUCCUGAUAGAGGACAGCGAAAACACCACUGCUAAAGAAGCUAGGAGUGGAAAGGACAUCCAAGGUAUAACUUGGGAAACAGAAACAUCGAAUUAUAGAAGUCGUGAGACAUUUAGACAACAUAGGUCAGAAAGUCUCCUGAAUGGGCCUGAAGAACACUUAUCAAUUAAACAGGCCAAGCAGGAAUGUCAAUCAACAGUAAAAGGAGGGGAGUUUUAUAAUUUUUAUCAAUACAAUAAUUGUUUAAUACCAACAAUACAAGAUUGGGCACUCGCGGAUUAUGCUGGUAGGCUUUGGUCCACGUCAAAGCAUGAUUUAUAUCUCUCUGCAGGUACCCAAAUUUGUCACUGGAAUGCAUUAACAUCCACGAACACUGAAAUCUUGGAUUUGGAAGGGCACGUUGCUCCGUCUGAGGAACAUCCUGGAGCCUUCAUGGAAGGAUUGACUGAGACACGGCGGAUUGAUGCAAUGGCUGUAGGCCAUAAGUUGUUGAUUGUUGGAGGCAAUGAAGGACAACUGAUUUGCAAGCACUUGGAUCGUCCCGGGAUCAGUUUUUGUUUCAGAUCAGAUGAUCCAAGAAUGAUAAAUGCUAUUGAGAUUUAUAAGUGUCCCACUCUCACCAGUGAAGUUAUUCAUUUCAUGGUUUCAUAUGAAGAGGGUAGUGUCAGAAUCUUUGAUGUAGAGACAUUUCAGUUUUCACAUUUUGAAUUUCCAUGGCCCGUGAGGCAUGCUUCAUCAAGCCCAGAUGGACGACAACUCGUAGUUGUUGGAGACAAGCCGGAAGGGACACUAGUGGAUUCUCAAACAGGAUUGAUCAUCCAAUAUUUUGGUGGACAUUUUGGUUACUCAUGUUCGUCUGCAUGGCAUCCUGAUGGACACAGAUUUGCUACUGGAAACAGAGAUAGAACAUGUCGCAUUUGGGAUGCUCGAAAUUUGUCAAAAUCUGUUUUUGCUCUUGGGGGCAACGUCAGCACUAUUUCUUCAAUAAGUUUCACAUCUGAUGGACGCUUUAUGGCAAUGAGUGAAAAGCAAGAUUUUGUGCAUGUGUAUGAUGUAGGGGCUGACUUCAAGAGAGAGCAGGAGAUAAAUUUUUUUGGAUAUGUCUCUGGAUUAUGUUUUAGUCCUGACACAGAAUAUCUUUUUAUCAGUGUCUCCAUGUUUACUUUUCCAACCCUUUUAUUGUACAACCGACGCAGACACGAGUACUACUACCUAGAUUCUAUGCCUUGACACGAAUUCUGAAUUCCAAACCCACACUAUCUCUAUUGCCAUUCAUAGGUUGUUUGAGUAAUUAAGAUGAUAUUGUGUUCAAAUGCUGGAAAAACUAGUCUUGAGUUUAAAAGAGUACACUGGCU